AUGGCCCAGGCAAAAUUGAUCGGACAGACCUCGUCGAGUGAAGUUGACUCCACUACGGCAACAACAAUAACAACGGCAACGCCAAAAUUACCGGAUCGUUACGCGGAUGAGAGUUACAGGCUCUUUUCUCAAGUCCAUGUUGACCCGCCUGGACCCGAGCAGGCCAGAAGAAUUCGUAACAAGUGCAUACGAUGGAUCCUACCAUUCCUCUGUGCCGGCUAUCAUUUAAUGUAUGUUGACAAGCAGACUCUUGGAAGCUCAGCUAUCCUCGGGAUUUUUGAAGACGCCGGACUGAACUCGAUCCAGUACAACUGGCUAUCGUCCAUCUUUUAUCUUGGAUACCUCGUGGCAGAAUGGCCGCAGAAUCUUGCGCUGCAGCACUUUCCAGUGGCGAGGUGGCUUGCCAUAAAUCUGGUUGUCUGGGGAUGCAUCAUCUUGCUGCAUAUACCGUGCAGUAACUUUGCGUCGCUCUUCGUUGUCCGCUUCCUUCUUGGCUUGGCAGAAGCCUGCAUAGUCCCUGCAUUUCUCUUGACCCUAUCCAUGUUCUUCACCUACGAUGAGCAGGCUGUUCUGAUGCCGUGCAUGUGGGCGAUCGGCAACUCCAGCCCCAUUACAUCAGGACUGCUCUCGUAUGGCGUGCUAUUUAUCAAAACCGGCAGCUUUGCGCCCUGGAAGUGGUUCAUGGUUAUCACAGGAACUCUUACUGUCCUUUUCGGCAUCCUUGUUUGGCUAUUAUUCCCAGAUAGCCCCCUCUCAGCACACUUCCUCACACCCGAGGAGCGUGCUCGAGCCGUCCUUCGGACCGCGUCGAACCACUCGGGCAUCGAACAGAAGCGCUUCAAGCGGUACCAAUUCCUCGAAGCCAUCAACGACCCCAAAACUUGGCUAUUCUUCCUCCAUGCCUGGUCGCAGGAGAUGGCCAACGGCCUGACUAACCAAUAUUCGCUCAUCAUCCAGUCGUUUGGCUUCACAACUCUGCAGACCACCCUCCUCGGCUGCAUCAAUGGCGUGACGGCGCUUAUAUCUCUGGGCGGUACCGCCAUUAUUCUCGCCAAGACCCGCAACUGCCGUGCAUGGUUGUCCGCCAUAUCAUACGUCCCGCCGAUAGUGUCCUGCAUCCUCCUCAUAACCCUCCCAUGGAGUAACCGUUGGGGUUUGUUGACUGCCAUCUGGAUCCGCGCAACAGGUGGUAUACCAUACAGCGUCGUCAUGGUCUGGGCAGCAAAUUGCUCAGCCGGCCACACAAAGAAGACGGCUGUGAUUGCCAUGUAUCACGUCGGGUACGGUCUGGGCAACAUUCUCUCGCCACAGCUGUUCCAGCCGCAGUACAAGCCGCGGUAUGUCGUUACGUGGUCCGUGAUAUUGGGCGUGGCAUGCGUGCUCCCAAUGGUCGUCGUACUCUAUCUGAGGUGGUACUUGGUUAGGGAAAACAAGAGGCGGGACGCGUUGGCAGAACGGGGACUUGUCAGGGAGAUCGGAAUCGUCGAACACGUUGAUGAGAACGGCGUGAGCACGGAAGAGGUGGUUGAUGCUCGGCAGUUGGACCUGACGGAUAAAGAAAAUCUCGCCUUCCGUUACGUUCUGUAG